AUGGGUCGCCCAAGCAAAUCAGACAAGGUGACCUUUCCAGCGUUGAUAAACCCGGCUGCUUCUCCUGUUUGGCCGUCCCGUGCUGACGGGGCCGCGAGGCUCUCCCUCUCUCACCCGGUGCCGACAACGACGCCGAACCCCCUUGUCGAGGUGUCUUAUGACGAUGGCGAUGUAGUUGGCCGGCGUCGUCGACCUGCUGAUGCUCUAGGCGGUUUGUGCCGUGAAAGGCCUGCUGCUAGGAGCAACGGUUUGAGUCGAGAAUGGCUAUACACCGUCGGAGUCCACAUAGGACCCUGCGUCGAUGAUUGUUCGCAAUGCUCCUCAGGCUCAUCUUCUCAGCUGCUUCUCCCGUCGACCGAACUCUCUCCGUUCUCGGCGGGCACUACACCAUCUCCUUCUCUUGUCAGCCCAGGAGACUCCUUGUCUCCUAGGACCCUAUCGACCUUUCUGUCAACUCCCACGCCCUUCUCUUCCACCAGCCAGCAGUCUCUGGCUACGUUGCAACAUGAUUCUCCAGCGUGCUCCGCGCUGGAUGGUAUCGACCAUGUGUAUUGCCGCCGAUGUCCAAAGCAGUUCACGGACAUUCUGCAACUUCGCAUACAUAUUGAGUCGGACCAUCGCUGCCAAUGCCCUUGCGACGCCUGCUUGGGCGUGUCGCCUGGCCUUUGCCAGGUACCACGACUCGAGUUUGCGUGUCCCUGCGGCUUCAGAAGCAUGAAUCAUGACAAGUGGACGGAACACCGCAGGAACCUCGACCGCCGACAGGUUCAAUGUCGAUGCGGCAAGAUCCUGCGCGAAGACCGCGUCGACGAACAUUUCAAGAACUGCCGUCAAGGAAGCAAGCAACUUCCUUCGUCACUUCAACACCAAAUGCAAGGGACGGAGGCGCGGACGACCGAAAAAGAGGAAAAGUACUUCGAAAUGAAGCAGAACCACUGGGACACCCUCACCGAUCUUGGAGGGUGCAAGAACGAGCCGUUCGUUGGUAUUAGUUGGCAACUCGCCGUAUUUCCGACCCGGUGGGCCGAACAUGAACGUUUCUUAGAUGAUCUAUGGGUCACGAACCCUCGGCGCAGCGAUGUGGUUCUUCGCAACGGAGGCAUUCUCCCGCGACAUGACCGAAAGGUUGAGCAAGGCCACUCGCUUGCGCUGAUUUGCCAAUGGCCUGACGCGAUGCCCCCUUUCAAGGCUUUCGCUCCCAGGACUACAAAGGAGGAGAAGGAUGGGCAACAUGUGGAAGGUGCACCUUUUGCCCAUCAAGAUACCCUGAUUUUGACUGUACAUUAG